AUAAAGAGAAGACACAAUACAUGAUCUACAAUGGCCACAAGUAAUGAAGAACAGCUGUUGGGAACUCUGGAGAAGCUCGGGGAAGACGAUCUGAAGACGUUUCAGUGGUACCUGCAGAAGAAAGUUCUGGAUGGGUUUGAUCCCAUCCCAAAGAGCAGGUUGGAGGGAGCUGCCAGAACAGACACAGUGGAUAGGAUGGUGGAGACAUACACACUGGAAGGAGCUCUGAAGAUCACUGUGGAGAUCCUGGGAAAGAUGGAUCAGAAUAAUCUUGCUAAGUGGCUGAUGAGUGUCAGUGGUGCUGAGGAGGCUGGUGGGAACAGUUCAACUUCCUGUCUUCCUCAGGAAGUCCAGGGUUCCUCCAACAUGACUGAGACUGGAGGCCAUGCUGCUGCUCCUGGUGGAAACCCCUCAGAGCAAAUAGACUGUCAUGAUAAAUAUGCAGAAAACAUCAAAGACAACAAACUCAAACAUCAAAGACUUCUAAAAUCUAAGUAUGAAGAAAUAGUUGAUGGGAUGAAACAGCAUGGUGAGAAAAUCUCCCUGGACAGUAUCUACACGGAGCUCUACAUCACAGAGGCUGGAGGUGGAGAGGUCAAUGACCAACAUGAAGUACGACAGAUUGAGGGAGAAUACAGGAAGAUUAGAGGGUCAGAGAAAAAAGUAGAAUUCAACAACAUCUUCAAAUCCCCAGAUGAACAAGACAAACUCAUAAGAAGAGUUCUGACCAAGGGAAUUGCUGGCAUCGGAAAAACGUUUUCUUCACACAAGUUCACUCUGGACUGGGCAAACAAAAAACAAAACCAAGACAUUGAUUUCAUUUUCCCACUCUCUUUUCGACAGCUGAAUUUGUUGGAGAAAGAGAAGCACAACUUGAUUGAUGUAAUUCAAAAAUGCUUCAAAGAAAUGGAGAAAGAGUUUCUUACUGCCAUUUUCACAAGGGGACAAGAAAACAAGACAGAAUUGAAAGUUCUGUUUAUCUUGGAUGGUCUUGAUGAGUUCCAGAUGCCCCUCAACUACAAGAAGUACGAGAGCUGUGAUGAUGUUACAGAACCAAAGACCAUAGAUGUGCUGCUGACAAACCUGAUCAUGAAAGAUCUGCUUCCUUUUGCUCUCCUCUGGAUAACGUCCCGACCUGUUGCAGCCAAUCAGAUCCCUUCUGAGUGUGUUGACCUGGUGACGGAGGUACGAGGGUUCAAUGAUGAUCAGAAGGAUGAGUACAUCAUGAAGAGAUGCAGUGAUGAGAUCCUGGCCAGGAGAAUCAUCUCACACAUCAAGACAUCAAGGAUCCUCUACAUCAUGUGCCACAUUCCAGUCGUCGCUUUCAUUAUUGCAACCGUUUUAGAGACCUAUGGAGAAAAAGAGAUGCCCACGAAUCUGACUCAAGUUUACAUACACUUCCUGGUUGACCAAGUCAGAAAGAUGGAUGUGAAGUACAGCAGGAAAGAGGAGACUGAUGCACCCUGGGACAAAAAUAACAUUAAGAUGAUUCGAUCACUGGGGAAACUGGCUUUCACACAACUGGAAAAUGGCAACCUGAUUUUCAGAGAGGCAGACCUGAGGAAGUGUGGCAUUGAUGUUGAAGGAGCUGCAAACUGCUCUGGGAUGUGCACAGAAAUCUUUUCAGAAGAUACAUGGGGUGGUGAGGAGAAGGUGUACUGCUUUGUCCAUCUGACCAUCCAGGAGCUUUUUGCUGCUCUGCAUGUGUUUCUGUCAUUCAUUAAAUACCAUGUGAAUGUAAUGGAAAAACACUUUUACAAGAGAAUACCCUUCCUCCAAUCGUCUGUCAGAUUCUACAAGAGUGCUGUGGACAGGACCUUAGAAAGUGAGAAAGGACACCUGGACGUCUUCCUCCGCUUCCUCCUGGGACUCUCAAUGGAGUCCAAUCAGACUCGCUUAACAGGUCUACUGACUCAGACAGGAAGCAACACACAGAGCCAUGAGGAAACAAUCAAAUACAUCAAGGAGAAAAUCAGAGAGGAUCCCUCUCCAGAGAGAUGCAUGAAUCUGUUCCACUGUCUGAAUGAACUGAAUGACCAUUCUCUAGUGGAGGAGAUCCAACACUACCUGAACUCAGGAAGUCUCUCCUGUGAGAAGAAGCUCUCAUCUACACAGUGGUCAGCUCUGGUCUUUGUGUUGCUGACUUCAGAAGAGAAGAUGGACGUGUUUGACCUGAAGAAAUACUUCAGAUCAGAGGAAGGUCUUCUGAGGCUCCUGCCAGUGGUCAAAGACUCCAAAGCUGCUCUGCUGAAUGACUGUAACCUCUCAGAACGGUGCUGUGAAGCGCUGGCCUCAGCUCUCCCCUCCUCAGAUCUGACACAGCUGGACUUGAGUAACAACAACCUGGGGGAUUCAGGCAUGAAGCUGCUCUCUGCUGGACUGGGGAAUCCACUCUGCAAGCUGGAAACACUGAGGCUGUCAGGCUGUCACAUCACAGAGGAAGGCUGUGCUUCUCUGAGCUCAGCUCUGAAGUCAACCUCAUUCCUGAGACAACUGGAGCUAAGUAACAAUGAUCUGAAGGAUGCCGGCAUGAAGCUGCUCUCUGCUGGACUGGGGAAUCCACUCUGCAAGCUGGAGACACUGAGGCUGUCAGGCUGUCACAUCACAGAGGAAGGCUGUGCUUCUCUGAGCUCAGCUCUGAAGUCAACCUCCUUCCUGAGACAACUGGAGCUAAGUAACAAUGAUCUGAAGGAUGCCGGCAUGAAGCUGCUCUCUGCUGGACUGGGGAAUCCACUCUGCGAACUGGACACACUGAGGCUGUCAGGCUGUCUGGUCACAGAGGAAGGCUGUGCUUCUCUGGCCUCAGCUCUGAGGUCCAACCCCUUCCACCUGAGGGAACUGGACCUGAGCUACAAUCAUCCAGGAGAAAAAGGAUUGAAGCUGCUCUCUGCUGGACUGGAGGAUCCACACUGCAGACUGGAGAAACUCAAUGUGGAUCAUGGUGGAGAGUGCUGGAUCAAACCUGGCCUUAGGAAAUAUGCCUGUGAGCUCACACUGGACCCAAACACAGCAUGGAGAUACCUCUCUCUGUCUGAGGAGAACAGAAAGGUGAUAAGGAGAGAAGAGGAGCAGCCGUAUCCUGAUCACCCAGAGAGAUUUGAGUACCAUCCACAGGUGCUGUGUAGAGAGGGUCUGUCUGGGCGCUGUUACUGGGAGGCGGAGUGGAGUGGAGGAGGGGUUUCUAUAGCAGUGACAUAUAAAGGAAUCAGCAGGAGAGGAGAGGGUUAUGACUAUUUGCUUGGACACAAUAACAAGUCCUGGAGUCUGUACUGUGGUAAUAACAGUUACUAUGCCAGGCACAAUAAGAAGAGCACUUACAUACCUGCCCCCCCCUCCAGCUCCCACAGAGUAGGAGUGUAUCUGGACUGGCCGGCCAGCACUCUGUCCCUCUACACAGUCUCCUCUGACACACUGACCCACCUGCACACAUUACACAGCACAUUCACUGAGCCCCUCUAUCCUGGGUUCUAUGUUCAUUAUGACUCCUCAGUGUCCCUGUGUCAGGUAGACUAGCCCACACACACUCACACACACCGUGCUCACAUAGAUGUUAUUGAAGAUUGAACUGUAUACAGUUGGAAUUGAUAUCCCAGAGUGUUUGUAAAUAUUGGUGUGUAGAAUGUUUGUUUUGUUUUGAUUGUUGACAAACAACAAUCCUGUCUUUGAUCUCAGUUCCACUGAAUGUGAUAAACUAAAUAGUGUCUUAGUGACUAAAUAAGGAGAAAUAAAGAUGUUUUAUACAGGAUGAUAGAAGACAUGCUGUGUGUUUGUUGGUGACCCUGUGGCCCUAGACAAACACACACACACAUGUACACACACACACACACACACAUGCAUACACUGUAAACAAUACAUUUAGGACCAGUAAUAUGACAGUAUUACCCACUUGAAUAUACACUGUUUGUGUGUCUAGUAUGAUCCCCUCUCUCCCUUGACCUGCCCCCCCCCCUUAUCUACUCUAACCCUAACCCACAUUAAAAACUCCUUUAAAAUGUGUGUCUAAGCAAGGAGGAUUUUGUCAGACUGGGAACAGACUGUUGGUUCAGGCAGGAGGACUCAGUAUAGUAUGUACUUGAUACUUUAUUGCACACAAUACAAUACAUGAUUGUAACACUUGAUUUGGCAUUAUGGUUCUGCUUGCAUCGGCUCCCUGCCGCACCCAAUGGAGACACCGUCUCGACAUCCGAGCAGAGAGCAGCAAUGCAUUCCCCCUGUGAAAGGAAACACAGAACCAAGGGUGGAGGCAGCAGGAUGACUGACGUCUGUGUCGCACUAGCAGUGCAUAUACCGGGAUACUAUUAUACUAUUAGAAAGGUGUGCCCCGACUGCGUGAUAUGACAAUUUGCUAGUGACACGCGUCCCCUGCAUGAACCAGCUCUGCUUGAUUAGCACACUCUGUUGCAGUUUAGUCCAAUUCACAAAUUGAACUAUUGUAAUAUUACGUGUUAAUGGCAUUUCAUACUUGCCUUGAGCAGUGAUUCUGCUUUUUUCUACAACAUGGGUACAUCAAGUUUUGAUGGUGGUUGUGUCCGAGUGAUAAAAUAAAUAAUUCAUGUGAUUUAAAAGAUGUUGUAAAUGAAUGCAUUAUGUGUGUAAGCAAUGACAAAGUAUCCACAGUUUAACUCCAUGUAUUGAGUUUUGAAAAUGGGACGUAAGUAUUGAAAAAUAGGUCCUAGCGAUUGUAAACAAAAUGACUGUAAGCAAUCUGUCCAUGUGUUGAUUGGCUGAUGAGCUUCAACAGAGCAAUGGUCUGGUGUGUUUGAUACGAUCUCCUCUAGGGAGAAAGGGGGCAGCAUCAACAUCCUGAGAUGAUUCC